AUAUUGGCAACUCGUUGGUCUUGUGACACUGUGCUGCACUGCGCUGAGAGGUGCGAGUUGCAAACGAAUCGAACGUUAAUUUUCCAGGAGAAUUUUUCUUAAAAUACGUGAAUUAUAAAGAACGUCAACGAAAAUGGUGGACCGUGCGAAUAUCAAGGAUAUGAUUCCUGCUCUGCCAGAUGAGAAAAUUGAUAUGCUAGCAGCCACAAGUAUUCUUCAAUAUCAGGCUGCUGAUAUUAAAAACCAACGAAUUACUUGGCACACAUAUCUACAAUCUCAAAUGAUUUCGAAAGAGGACUAUGAUUUCAUAGUUGCUUUUGAUACAAGCGAUGCUAACGUUCGAGAAGCAAAACUGAAAGAGGAUCCACAUCAAGCUGCAAAAACCUUCCUCAAUUUACUUGGUCAUGUCUCCAAAGAUCAGACCAUUCAGUAUAUUCUUAUAAUGAUCGACGAUAUGCUUCAGGAAGACCGUAGUCGUGUGGAAAUCUUCCAAGAACAUUCAAACCGCAAACGAGAAUCUGUAUGGGGACCUUUCUUGAACCUGUUGAAUAGACAAGAUGGAUUCAUCAUGAAUAUGACAUCUAAAGUCAUAGCCAAGCUUGCUUGUUGGAGUCACGAUUUAAUGGAGAAGACAGAUCUUCAGUUUUAUCUGACAUGGCUUAAAGAUCAGUUGAAACUUAGCUUUGAGGCUCUUCAGGACACAGUCAUGCAUGGGGGAUUAGAACAAGGCAACAGUGCGGACAGAGAGACGGUUGAACUGCGCGAACAGCUGAAUCCGAACAACGAGUAUAUCCAGUCUGUGGCGCGUUGUUUGCAAAUGAUGCUUCGCAUAGACGAGUAUCGUUUCGCAUUUGUAUCGGUCGAUGGGAUUUCUACCUUGUUGAGCGUCCUAACGGGCAGAGUAAACUUCCAAGUACAGUACCAACUCAUAUUCUGCUUGUGGGUCCUCACUUUCAACCCUUUACUCGCCGAGAAGAUGAACAAAUUUAACGUCAUUCCCAUCUUAGCGGACAUAUUAAGCGAUUCUGUCAAGGAGAAAGUAACCCGUAUCAUCUUGGCAGUAUUUAGGAAUCUUAUCGAGAAAGUGGAGGACGGACAAGUCGCUAAGGAGCACUGCAUCGCCAUGGUUCAGUGCAAAGUAUUAAAGCAACUUUCGAUCCUUGGACAGCGUAAAUUCGACGACGAGGAUAUCACUGGUGACAUCGAGUUCUUGAACGAUAAGCUGCAAGCCUCCGUUCAAGACUUGAGCUCCUUCGACGAGUAUUCGACAGAGGUGAAAUCUGGACGCCUCGAAUGGUCCCCCGUUCAUAAAUCAGGCAAAUUCUGGCGCGAGAACGCUAGUAGACUUAACGAGAAGAAUUACGAGCUGCUGCGUAUAUUGGUUCACUUGCUAGAGACUAGCAAGGAUCCCCUUGUACUUAGCGUGGCUAGCUUUGAUGUGGGAGAAUAUGUAAGGCACUAUCCACGCGGUAAACAUAUAAUCGAGCAGCUUGGAGGUAAGCAACGAGUGAUGCAACUUUUGGGCCACGAAGAUCCUAAUGUGAGAUACGAGGCUCUUCUCGCGGUUCAGAAACUCAUGGUUCACAAUUGGGAAUAUUUAGGAAAACAAUUGGAGAAAGAACAGACUGGAACGUCGGGUGCUCCAGGGAGCAAGCCAGUUACGCAAGUCCCGGCAAAGGCUUAGACGAACGCGUGAAAAGCUUUUCAAUUGUAAGUUUCGCUUGGAAUCUGUACAUUUGAUUUUCUCCGUGCAUUAUAUUAUUAAAUAUUCUAUCAUUAUCGUGCGUAAAAAUUGGUAUCGCAACUUGUCUUUUUCAAACUAAAGAUCACAUUGGAAUAAGGAGACAUUCCUUUCUAUCUCGAUGUGAUUACGCGUAGUUAAACAAAAUGUAUUCGAAUGAAUUCGUGAUUUUUUAAGUACAGAUCGUAAAGUGUACAUAUAAUCGUUAUACAGCGUCGUCGUCUCUAUAAUGAGCGUCUUUAUAGAGUAUUGUUAAUGGAAUUUGUAAUUAAAAUGUUUAAUGGAAUGUUAUAAAAAAAUAAAGUAUUAUUAUUACUAGA